GUAACUUGAAAACGGCUGGAGAGUUUGUUCACUUCUUAUUUGUUUAUAUAGAUGCUCAUUAGCACGAGGUUUGAUAUGGAGAUGUGUUUCAGAAUAUCUCUGAUGUUUCUGCUCAUGACUGCUGAUGUUGAGAGUCAGUAUCUUCUGGAAAUGAAUUACAGCCCUUCAUAUGUUUGUGCAUUAAGGGGAUCAACAGUAACAGCGCAUUGUGCUUUACAAUAUCCUCUUGGUUAUUCUGUCACAACAGCCUUCUGGACCAAAUCAGUUUAUAUACAUGGAACAGAACCACCAAACCUGUGUUUAGACACAAAUUACAGAGGAAAGAUUCAGUGUCACAAUCAAACAACUUUCGGUAUCACACUGACACAAGUGACAGAAGCUGAUAAACACAUCUACUACUGUGGAUUAACAACAAACUGUGGAUACAACUGUAAUAAUGUAUGGACAGGAGUUCCUGGAGUUCAGCUUGAUGUCACAGACCUGCAGGUGGAGAAAAAUCAGCGAGUGAAAGAGGGAGAUUCAGUGACUCUUACAUGUAAAACCACCUGCAGUCUGACUGAAAAAACAACAUUCAUCUGGUACAGAAACACACAGAGAUUCACUAAAGGAAGAAUUACAUUGAAUCAACUUCACCUGCAGUCAGUCAGUCGUGAUGAUUCAGGAGUUUAUAGAUGUGCUGCUGCUGUAAGAGGAUCUGAACGUCUUCUGUCCUCUCAUGAUGUUUAUCUCAGAGUAGGAGAUGUUGAUGGUCAGCAGGGUUGGGGAGUGAAUUACAGGCCUUCAUAUGUUUGUGCAUUAAGAGGAUCAACAGUGAGAAUAAACUGUACUUUAAAAUAUCCAUCUGGCCAUGUGGUGAAUAAAGGCUUCUGGACAAAAGUUGCAUAUUUACCUGCUGGAGAACCACCUGACCUGUGUUUGGACCCAGAAAACAAAAGAAGAGUUCAGUGUCACAAUGAAAAUAAAGACACUCACAACAUCACUUUGAAAGAUGUGACAGAUGCUGAUAAACACAUCUACUACUGCAGAUUUAUAACAAACCAAACAGAUGGUAAAUAUACAGGAGUUCCUGGUGUUCAGCUUGAUGUCACAGACCUGCAGGUGGAGACAAAUCCGAGAGUGAAAGAGGGAGAUUCAGUGACUCUUACAUGUAAAACCACCUGCAGUCUGACUGAAGAAACAACAUUCAUCUGGUACAGAAACAAUCAGAGAUUCACUAAAGGAAGAAUUACAUUGAAUCAACUUCACCUGCAGUCAGUCAGUCGUGAUGAUUCAGGAGUUUAUAGAUGUGAGUCUGCUGUAAGAGGAUCUAAACGUCUCUUCUCUCCUGAUGUUUAUCUUAAUGUUGAGUAUGCACCAAGAAAUGUUGUGGCAUCCAUCAGUAGAUCUGGUGAAAUAAUGGAGGGUGAUUCAGUGAAUCUGAUCUGCAGCAGUGAAUCAAAUCCACCUGUUCACAACUACAACUGGUUUAAGGUGAAUGAAACAUCAUCUGUUGGAUCUGGACAGACGUACAGCAUCACUAACAUUAACUCCAGUCACAGUGGAUGGUUUUACUGUGAGGCUCAGAAUGAGAUCGGAUCUCAGAGAUCUGCUGCUGUAUCUGUCACAGUAACAGGUGAUCUGUUCACUAUUAAAUCUUUCUGUGUGUUUUUCUUGUUUACCUGA